AUGUAUGUCGUGCUGGACAAGGAGAAGGAAAGUUGGGUUGUGUCUAGAUUAGAGCUGAGGCAUUCUCACCCCUGUUUGGCUAAGAAAUCUGUCCACUAUCAUGAGUACCAGGAGCUGACCAUGCAUGCUAAGUGCGUCAUUACGGAUAACGACGAGGCUGGAAUAAGACCCAACAAGACGUAUCUAGCACUGGCAAACGAGGUUGGUGGGUCCAUAAACCUGGGUUUUUCUGAAAAGGAUGUCAGAAAUUACAUCACACGCAAUCUUCAAUGCUCCGAUGACAAUGAGGACUUCCAUGGGAUGAUAAAUUAUUUCGUUCGAAUGAAGGAGAUCAAUCCCAACUUCUUUUAUGACAUAGAUGUUGACGAUGCUAAUAAAUUUAGGAGCACACUAUGGGUAGAUGCAAGGUGCAGGGCUUCGUAUGAAUAUUACGAAGAUGUGGUGUCGUUUGACACCAUUUACAGAAGAAACAGGCAUGGUCUGCCGUUUGCAUCCUUUGUAGGUGUAAACCACCAUGGGAAGUCUACUCUUCUUGGCUGUGCUUUACUUGGGAGUGAGGAGAUCUCUAGUUUUGAGUGGGUGUUCACGCAGUGGGUGAGAUGCGUCGGGACUGCGCCGAGGGGGAUUAUCACUGACCAGUGCAAGGUGAUGGCUGGUGCUAUUAGGAAGGUUCUGCCUGAUACUGUCCACCGAUGGUGCAUCUGGCACAUAAUGAAGAAAUCACAAUUCAAGCUCGGUGGAUACGCUAGGUAUGGAGAAUUGAAUGCAAUGAUGAAUCACAUUGUGUGGAAUUCUCCUUCGACUGAAUCAUUUGAGGCUGAUUGGGUUGGUUUCAUCAAACAAUUUAACUUAGGCCAGAAUAGAUGGUUAGCAGACCUUUAUGCGAAUCGAAGGAAGUGGGUUCCAAUAUUCUUCAAGAGUAAAUUUUGGACAGGCAUGAGGAGUACACAGCGUAGUGAAAGUAUGCACACAUUUUAUGGUGGAUACCUGUAUUGCAAGAGUGGGUUGGUUCAGUUCGUCCAUGAAUACGACAAUGUGCUUGGAAACAAGGAGCAAAAGGAGUUGGAAGAUGAUGCUGCGGACUCGAAAGGAGUCAUCUCAUGUAUAGGGAGCACGGGCAUUGGGAGACAAUUUCAGCGGAAAUACACCAGUAAUAUGUUCAGGGAUGUUCAGCUGGAGGAGUUUGUUGCUUGUGAUGAGGAAGCAAUCAUAUUACAAGCUGCCCUUUGGGAUGUAAUGUCCAAGCUAACUGAUUACCGUGCCAGCAUGCGUUCCACUACUGUUGCUGCGUCUCAAAAUACCUUGCCCACACAGAGUACAGGCGGUGCUAUUGUAUAUGACAUACAAGGACCCUCAAGAGUCAAAACCAAAGGACGGCCGAAGAGUAAGAGACUUGGAGCAGAGUUGGACAAGUCAAUUAAGAAGUCAAUGCAAAAAAGGAAGAGGAAAUCACAUCCGAUAUGUGAUGAGGUUGACCUUCAGUCAGAUAAUGAUCAUUAUGGGUCCCUUAAUAAAAGAUUUGAGGAUUCUACUAUGUGGAAUUCAUCGGAUGGUGGCAGAUUCAUGCACCUGUUGAAUUCCUUUAGGCAUAUAUAG